UUGGAGAAUCAAAACCACCGUCAUCGUAAAUUCAGCUACGAUGAUGACAGAUAUUCAGCUACACACCACUUCCCCAUUCAAAAUUUUCAACUCCACUCACUCUCAUCAUCGUAAAUUCCCUCAUUUUAUCUCUAAGAGUAUCCGUAUGCGAGCAAUGCAGCAACAACAAGAGUCGGCUCAAGUGCGGGUCCCACACGUGCUGACCGUCGCCGGUUCCGAUUCCGGCGCCGGCGCUGGAAUCCAAGCCGACCUAAAGGCCUGCGCCGCCCGAGGUGUUUACUGUUCAACCGUUAUCACCGCUGUCACGGCUCAGAACACCGCCGGAGUCCAGGGAGUGAACAUUUUACCUGAGGAAUUCGUCAGGGAGCAACUGAAGUCGGUGCUAUCGGAUAUGCAUCCUGAUGUUGUGAAAACUGGUAUGCUUCCUUCACCUGGCAUAAUCAAGGUCUUGUGUCAGAGCCUCAAGGAAUUCCAAGUUAGAGCUUUGGUGGUUGAUCCUGUCAUGGUAUCUACAAGUGGUGAUGUACUAGCUGGUCCUUCCGUUCUGGAUACCUUGAGGGAGGAGCUUCUUCCGCUGGCUGAUAUAGUAACUCCUAAUAUAAGAGAAGCAUCUGCCUUACUUUGUGGAGCAAGACUUGAAACAGUCGCUGACAUGCAUUUUGCAGCAAAAAAGAUUUAUGAUCUUGGCUGCCGAAAUGUUCUUGUGAAAGGAGGCGACCUUCCUAAUUGCUCUGAUGCAGUUGAUGUUCUAUUUGAUGGUAAGGAGUUAUUUGAAUUUCGAGCAGCCCGGAUAAUAACUGAUAAUACUCAUGGAACUGGCUGUACUUUGGCAUCAGCUAUAGCAGCCGAGCUUGCCAGAGGUUCUCCACUGUUUUCUGCUGUUAAGAGAGCUAAGCAGUAUGUUGAAUCUGCCCUGUAUUAUAGUAAGGAUAUUCUUAUUGGAGAAGGACAUCAAGGUCCCUUCGACCAUUUACUGAAGCUCAAGAAUAAUGCCCUGAAUCAAUGCGUGCCUCGACCAUUUGACCCAAACAGUCUUCUCUUGUAUGCUGUCACAGACUCCAACAUGAACAAAAAGUGGGGUCGAUCCAUAAGUGAUGCUGUUCAAGCUGCUAUAGAAGGAGGUGCUACUAUAGUUCAGCUGAGAGAAAAGGAUGCCAACACUGGGGAUUUUCUGGAAGCAGCUAAAACAUGUAUCGAGAUAUGCCAUUCCCGCGGUGUACCUUUGCUGAUCAACGACAGAAUUGAUGUUGCCCUUGCUUGUGAUGCUGAUGGAGUUCAUAUUGGUCAGUCUGACAUUCCAGCUCAUGUUGCGCGGAUGCUACUUGGGCCUGACAAAAUUAUUGGCGUAUCUUGCAAAACUCCAGCACAAGCUGAGAAAGCAUGGGUUGAUGGGGCUGACUACAUUGGUUGUGGCGGCGUAUAUCCAACAAAUACGAAACAGAACAAUAUCACGGUGGGCUUGGAUGGGCUGAAAACGGUAUGUUUGUCAUCCAAGUUGCCAGUGGUGGCGAUUGGCGGAAUUGGCAUUUCAAAUGCAAAACCAGUGAUGGACUUGGGUGUCCCAAAUCUCAAAGGAGUUGCAGUUGUAUCGGCUCUUUUCGACAGAGAAUCUGUUCUAGCCGAGACGCAACAUUUGCUCAGUGUGAUAACGGAUUCAAGAAGGCAAUGAAAAUGCUCUGAUUGAAGUAAUUGUUGUUGAUGGAGGCUGCAUAUUGUUUUCUCGGACUGUUCAUGGAUUGUAUUUCUAAGUGCAUUCAUAUUUAUCCAAUAUUCCGUCGUUUUACCUCUCUCAA